AUGCCGUUUACGACAGAAUUGACCCGGCGGCUGGGCAUCCGAGUGCCUGUUGUCCAGGGUGGCAUGAUGCAUGUCGGUACCGCCGACCUCGCAUCAGCCGUCUCCAACGCCGGCGGCCUCGGCAUCAUCACCGCCCUCAUCUUCCCGACGCCGGCGGCCCUGCGGGAGGAGAUUCGACGGUGCCGCAAGCUGACGAAGAACCCAUUCGGCGUGAACAUCACGCUGCUGCCGGCCAUGGUGCCGCCAGACUACGGAGCCUACGCCCAGGCCGUCAUCGACGAGGGUGUCCGCAUCGUCGAGACGGCAGGCAACUCGCCCGGUCCCGUCAUCGCCCAGCUCAAGAAGGCCGGCAUCACGGUCCUGCACAAGUGCACCACCAUCCGCCACGCUCAGAGCGCCGUGAAGCUCGGCGUCGACUUCCUCAGCAUCGACGGCUUCGAGUGCGCCGGCCACGUCGGCGAGAGCGACAUCACCAACUUCAUACUCCUCGGCCGCGCCCGUCAGACCCUCGGCGUGCCCUUCAUCGCCUCUGGUGGUUUCGCCGACGGCUGGGGCCUCGCUGCCGCCCUCGUCCUCGGCGCCUGCGGCAUCAACAUGGGCACCCGCUUCAUGGCCACGGUGGAGGCACCCGUGCAUCAGAGAAUUAAGGACGAGAUCGUCAAGGCCGACGAGAAUGAUACGACGCUUCUGCUCCGUCGCUGGCGCAACACUACCCGCCUCUACAAGAACAAGGUCGCCCUCGAGGCCCUCAAGGUCGAGCAGGAGAGCACGACGGGCGAGUUCAGCGAGGUGGCAGCCCUCGUUAGCGGCAAGCGCGGCAAGGAGGUCUUCAUCAACGGCGACCCUGAGUUUGGCGUAUGGACGACGGGCCAGGUCAUCGGCCUCAUCCACGAUAUUCCCACCUGCGACGUCCUGGUCAAGCGCAUAGAGAAGGAAGCAGAGCAAUCUCUGCGAGAGCGACUGUCCCUUGUCCAGCCCGAACCCAAGCUAUAG